AUGUUUUUACUCUUCCUUUCACUAAAUUUAGUGACAAAAUCUACUACAAUCACAGAACUUUAAGAGGGAGAACCUUGGAUUCCAGAAAACUGGAUUGCUGACGAUCAAUCCGUAUUCGAAACAUAACACAUUUGCGAUGAUCUUAACGGACCAUAUCUUGGUUUAAUCGACAAAAAUCUCCAUAAAUAACUAUCUGAUUUGGGUGCCCACAGUGAAAUACAGAUAUCUUUUGAUUUAUUAUACACUGGUAGAUGGGAAGGUUCGACUUACCUCAAAAUUGAUAUUGACUCUACCAACAUAUUUUCUGAAAGUGGUCUAUCUUCAAGUACCUUCAAAACAUCGAGUACAUACUGUAAGUUGAACAAAAUAAAGUAUGUAUUUAAUAUAUAUGAAGUGCCGUGCCUACCUAAUAAAAGUUAAUAACAGUUUAUUAGUCUAUGUCUCAUUCUAAAAGAAAUCCUCUAAUGGAAAUAAAAGGGUCAUUCACAUGUGAUAUCGGAGGUAUUGGUGUCUGCUAAAUGAUCUCGAUUAAGAAUUUAGUCAUAAUUCCAACAUUGUGCCAUUUCAGUUGCAAAACCUGUAGUGGGCCAAAAAUUGAUUAAUGUUUAAGUUGUCCAUAUGGUGUUUUAAAUUCUGGUAAAUGUUACUGUUAAUCGGGACUCUACCAAUAUGUUAAUAAAUGUGUGUUAACAUGUCCAAAAUACUAUAUUGGCAAUCUUGACAAUUAAUGUAUAUUAGAAUGUUCAUUAAAUUGUUAAAUUUGUGGAAAUAAUUCAUGCAAUAAAUGUGAGGAAGGAUACCUUCUACAUUUAGGUAAUUGUGUUAAGCAAUGUCCAAGCAGUAGUUAAUUCGAUGGUACAAGCAAGUGUAUUGAUUAUAAAGAGAUGAAAGAAUAUGGUAUAUUAUAUUUAUAUAAUUCAAGGGUCUGAAUAUUUGGGCAGUUAUUUUUACAGUUUAGAUAGUAACUAUUAGUAGUAGGUGAACAAGUUCGAAUUUUCGCAAUCCUCCACCUUCUCCCUAAAGACUGACUAGAAAUAUUCAAUAUAUCAAGACAAAUUGCUCUUGGGAGGACAUGGAGUUUGGAGUGAGGGCUACUUUAGUGCUACUUAUUAUGGUUUAAAUCCACAUAAUCAUCUAAGACUCUAUUUGGAGGUAUGGUUCAUAGACAAAUGGUCAAAUGAUUUAUUUUAAAUAAUUGUUGAUGGAUCAAUUGUGUAUGAAAAAAACGUCAAAAACACUGCUUCAAAUUUAUUCUAUGGCUCCUUUCCUGAUUCAAUCGAAAAAAUAGAAUUGGAUAUUGCACAUACAUCAGAUGGAGUAAAUAUUAGAUUUGUUUCAAAUAUGAUGAGGUCUUCCUUCGAAGGUAGUGUAGGAAUUACAAAUUUGCAUAUGAUAAUUGAUUAUUGUGAUUUUAAUUGUGCUUAAUGUGCCAACACUUAGUGCUCAUUAUGUGAAUUAGGGUUUUAAUUAAUAAACAAUAAAUGUGCUUAAUGUGACAUAACUUAUAAUAGGAAUUCAGAUUGCAGUUGUUUGGAAGGUUAUUACGAAGAUAACAAGGCGGAAUGUCUAAAAUGCAAAGCAGAAUGCCAGAAAUGCAUAGAUGGUCUUACAUGUAAUGAAUGUAAGACUGGAUCCCAUUUAAUUUCACUGCCUUUAUGUCAAUCUUGUGAAAAUGGGUAUUAUUAUGAUGAUGCAAUGUGCUUGAAAUGUUAAUACAACUGUAAUACAUGCUCAACUUUUAAUGUGUGUGUCUAAUGUGCUGAUGGAUUCGUUAAUCCUCCUACAUGCUAAUGUUAAGAUGGUAUUUAUUUCAUUUUUAUCUUUAACAGGGUAUUACGAAACUGCAACCCAUUUAUGUUAGAAGUGUAGUUCAUAAUGUAAGACUUGUACUUAAUAUGCCGAUAAAUGUACUUCUUGUUCCGGAAAUAGGAUUUCACUACCUGACUGUUCUUGUCCAAAUAAUUCAGUUGAGAUUGAGAAUUCUCUUUGGUGUACAAGUAAUUUAUUUUAUGUAUAAUAUUCAAGCUUGCACAAUUGCUAGUUUAAGCAUUUCAUUGAAUUAUAAUUUUACCAUCUUAAUAAUCAAUUUUAAGUGGAAUAUCAAAGAUUUGUAUACCAAUUGCAAUCAUAUUUUUAAGCCAUAAACUAUUGAAUUAUUAGGUGAAAAUCCUUUGUGUUUUAAAGAUGCAAAUAAGAUUUAAGUGAAGUUGGGACCCAAAGCAAGUCUUAAGCAAGGAGAUCUAAUAGUAUUUUAUCCAAAUAUUAUUUAAUUCGAAAAAUGCCCAAGCGUUAUUUAGGAUUUUUAUAAUAAUGAGUUGAAUAUUUUGGGAUCGGCUAAUUAGCCAAAAGAUAAGCUGCAGUUUGUUUAAAGUAAGAUUUACCUAUCUCGCUGUUAAAAAUAGAAUCUAUUACUAUCAUUUCUGAACCAGGAAAAUAUCCAGUUGUUAUAAUGGAAUCUGAUAUAGUAGAAAUAAUAGGAUCCUAAAUUGGAUAAUUUUAUGAGAUUUUUAAAUUAAUAGAUCUAAGCAAAUCCAAUAACUUAAUACUUUGAAUUUUCAGGGAAUAUAUUAGAUGAGGAGAAUGAAAUCAUAAUUGAAUUGAAAUAUUCUAGUGUGGUAAAUGAAGUAUAUUCAUCACAAUUGGUGGUUGUCCAAGAGUUUGGCAAAAUCACAACUGAAAUAGCCUUCUAAUAAACUCCAUAUUAGAUUUCCUAAGAAAUUUCAAUAUCAGUAAUUUCAUAGAAUUGUCCAAGCCCAAUAUUUUCGAAUUACGAUAGAGUCAAUUAUCUAAUUUCAAUUGAUGGCCAAUUAUAUUAACAAGAGAAUUUGGUUGGGUAAUACUACAUAUUUGCACUCAAACCACUGUCUUUAAAAAUAGGAGUGUAUAAUCUAAACAUCAAAACUCUCUAUUAAGAUAAGUUAGUGAAUGAGUAGUCAAUUAAUUUGAAAGUAGUUGAUAACAUCUAAAGAUUAGUAUUAAAAUCAACAAGCACUUCCUUUAAUUAUAGACAAUCUAUCAAUCUAUAGGCUUAUGUAACAAACAGCUAAGGAAAUGAAAGAUUCAGCUGGGAAUGUUUUGAUGUUAUUGAGAAUGAAUUAUGCAUGAGGAACAAUCAGACUUUGAAUUUAGGGUAUGAAGGAAGUAUCACUAUUCCUGGAGAUACUUUUAACCCAUUUCAGACCAUCAUUAUAUCUGUGGUGUAUAAAAGUAUGAAGGAGUAGAUACAAUUACAGAUAGUUGAAACUAAUGUACCAAAGGUUGACUUUGAAACAACUCCAGAUAUCUAUUCUGGAUUUAUCAAUUUCUAUGAUCAGAUAAACAUCAAACUGAAAUUCAUGGAUUUGAAUGUAAAUCCAGACACUUUACAAUACAUAGGAUUGUUGUAUACAAAUGAAAGAAUUAUAGCUCAAUUUAAUUUUGAUUAUUUGGAGUUGAAAUUACAAAUCUGGGAUUACUUGAAAUUAGAGGAAUUGUCAGAGAAAUUAACAUUGAAAAUCUCUAUUCACAAUCCAAAUUACUUUUAACCAUCCACCAUAAUUAUGAAUAUCUACCUCAAUUUACCUCCCAAAUAAUGCGUAGUAGGCAUCGAACCCACUUCUGGGGAAUCAUUAUUGACAGAUUUCACAAUAUCCACCAAGAAUUGUAUUGACAUUAACCAAUCCUUAUAGUAUAGAAUACUAUUGUACUAGAAUCAAUCAGAUUUAAGUUACGAUUAUUCUAUUGGAUAAUUGUAUAAAGGAGUAGUGCUGAAUCCAUAUCAAUAUGAUCCUGUUUAUAAAACUAAGUUGGUUGGUAAGGGUGAAACAUAUGUGGUUGUCUAAGUGAAGGAUACAUUGAAUGGGAUAAGUAACUAUACUCUAGUAGUGAAUGUAACAUCUACUUAGUCAGAGUAAGUUUAAUCAAUGAUGUCAACUCAGUCAGACUUGAAAUCUUCAAUUUUAUUCAUGUUGAAUUCAGAAAAUAACAAUCAAUCAACACCUCAAUUAGUUACUGAGAAAACCUUCUAGAACACUCUACAAUAAAGCCAAUGUGAUUGUGAAUACGAUGUGAAUUAAUAAUUAUUCCUGAAAAAGUUAUUGGUGCAAUAGAGUUAAUCUUUAUCUUAUGAGUAAAUUAAUUCGGAAUUGGAUAAAUCAAAAGCCAGACUUAAUGAAAUCGAAUAGUAAUUCAAACGAUAAACUAGUCUAAUGGAAAAUAGUUUCGACAGAUCCAAACAACUGUUUUCAAAUGUGUUUCUGCAUGAAGAAAUGUUAGGAUAUGCCUAAUAUAUAGCAGAGUUGUUCAACAAAAAUUAGAUAUCAAGUAAGUUUAGGAGACAACUAAUUGAAAAUUAAAAUUAAGUUAAAAUAAACAAUUAGCAAAUCAUAGAUUCACUUAAUGUAAUUACACAGAUACAAUUGAGUUAGUAGAUGAUCAACAGUAAGAAAUUAUCGAUUUAGACCAAUUGGUUUAAUAUAUCGACAUAGAGAGUCACAUCAAAGUUAUUACAAUAAGCAUUAGGGAAUGUAUUGACAUCCUAGAAAUAACAUGUAAGUGAUGAAGAGACCGAUUAUUAAUCAGAUAACAACUCAGCUCGUUUUGAGUAUAAGCUGAUCAAGUAUGCCUCUAAUCCUUAUCUUUACGAUUCAGACUUCAUGGAGAUCAACAAAAAUCAAACUAAUGCUGUACUGUAUGAUCCAAAGGUAACUUUUGAAGAAAACUAAACUCAACUCACGGAUUCAAAGACAACUUUAACUUAUGAAUUUCCGAAGCCUGAGAAUGAGAAAUUUUAUGAAUGUGUUAUGAAAAUAGAAGAUUCAUGGAGUCUGGAUGCGUGCACUACUACUUAAGAAGAAUCCAAAAUGAUCUGUGAAUGCUAGAAGAUCUCAAUAAUUACUCUAAUUGAUGCAGUGCAAUAAUUAGCUGAUCAAUUAGCUUCCUUCUUUUCAGAAGAUACAAUUAACAAAAUAAAUCAAUGUCAUUAUGAGUAGAUGCUGUUCUUGUACAUAGUAAUCUUGUUCACAAUAAUUUUCUUUUUAUCUCUCUACAAAGGACAUAAAUUGGAUUUAAAGUAACUUAAUUCUGGAUCCUUCUUAUCAGCCAAAGUUAUGCCACAAUCUUGGGAGGAAUUCCCAGAAAAGGAAAGAGCUGGCAGUAUUGAUGAGAUGGCAUAAUUGGAACAGUAGGCAGGAAGACAAUAAGGGAAGUUAAAUAAUUAACAUAGUCAUAGAAAUAGCAUCAAGAUGUAAAAUAACAAGCCCAUUUCAGAAGACAAUUAAAAUCGAUAAAUUGAUUCAGCAUGUUCUAGUAAGCGUAGUAUGGCACUCGAUUCAAAUGGUCGCUCUGGAAAGGCAAUUGAAGAAACAGAAGGGAAUCAACUUUCAGGUACUCCAAUUUUGGAUGAACAAAAGGAUCAGAAUUCCCCAAAAAGGGAGGAUUCAAUCUUCAACUCAAUUCAUAAAUCAUAAGUUAAAUUUCAUUAAGGAUUCUUCCUUUAUUUCAAAGUAGAUUUUAAUUGUAUUUUUUAGAUUAAUCAUGUUUUGAUGAGUCUCUAUUACCUUUAUAAUGAGUAGUAGUCCCGAGUCUACAGAACCAUUAUUGUUUACAUGUCGAUUAUUGGUGAGAUUUGCAUUUUGACAUUCUUUGGAGAAGUAAAUUAAUUGAAUUUAAUUUUAGAUUAUAAGUUUAAACACAAUUCUAGCAUUGUCGAUAUUGCAAUCGCUAUUUGGGUUACUUUUUUGUAAGAUAUUUUCUUUCCUUAUUCACAAUAAAGUCAAGUUCCUAAAGAUCAUUGGAUUGACAUUGAUAUUACUAGUUGUUUCGUUUUUCUACUUUAUUUUGUUGGGAAGCCUGGCUAACUAUAAGUCGAUUCAAGAGUCGCAAUAUUGGGCUUUGGCCUAUUUGACCAGCUUUGUCUUGAAUUACGUAGUCUAUUCGUUAAUGGUGCAAUUUGCCAUGUUCACUUUUCUGAACAAGUUCUACAGUUACGAGAGAGUCAAGGUAUGAGUUGGUGACUAUUUUAAUAGAAAAUUAUGAAGUAUUUACUCGACGAGAGGGUGUACCAAGAAUUAUAUGGAAAAUCAUGA